AUGAAUAAGUAUGUUUCUACUUAAAACAAUCAAGAACUUAAAUAAUAAAAGCAACAACCAACAAAAAAUUAGCCAAAUACUCCCUAACAAAAUAAUAUAUAAUAUGGCCCUGUCUUUUAUAUAUAACCAAAUACGUAAAAUACAAGAAAAUAACAAUAGUUUCCCUAUGCCAAACGUUUAAUAAUAACAUACAAAUGAUUAUUAUAAAUCUUGGUUUGUUUAUCAUCCUGUUAUGCCAGAUGACCCAUUUUUAUCUUAUCUGUCAUAUGUUUCUAAUAUUGUUCAAAAACCGCAAUAAUAAUAUCCAGUCAACCCUAUAAAAAUUGAGAAUGAUCAAGAUAUACCAUAACCAUUAAUCUAGAAUUAAACAAGUUAAAUGAACCUAAACUAAACAAUCUAAUAACAACAGCUUUCAUAACCAAAAAAUUAGAUUAAAAUAAAAAAAAUAACUCAACUUUAAAAAGCAGCAGAAAUAUAACCAUGUAAUUGUUCUUAAAGUAGUUGUCUUAAAAGAUACUGCACAUGUUUUCAUAGUGGCAGAUUGUGCAUGGAUGAAUGCUAAUGUAAAGAUUGCAAAAAUGUAGAUUUUUUUUCAGAAGAAAGAAAAGCUGCAAUUAAUUAUGUUUUUAAAAAAUGUAACAGAGAUAAAAAUGUUCCUGCGAACGAAUUACUAUCAUUGUAAAUUAGUUAUGGGUGUAAAUGUAAAUCUACAGAAUGUUAAAAAAAAUAUUGCGAAUGUUUUAAAAGAGGACAUGUUUGUGGAGACUUAUGUUCUUGUGAAGACUGUCUAAAUAUUCCAUAUAACAGAACUUAUUAAGAUAAAUCGAAAAAGAAGAUCAAAUUAAAAAAAUGA